GUCAACUUGCCGGUCACUGCCCGCGCCAGUCGCACGAUCAAGUCGCUGCCGACUGCCGACAUCGCCGCAAGACGUCGUCGUUGAAGUCGACGACGGACACGUCGACAUCCUCGAUCCUGGACGUACCCCUUUGACGAGGCGGCGACGUCGAUCGUCGCCCGGCGCGCGUAGGAAAGCUCUACCCUCCAAGUUUGCUCAUCGCCAGCCGCACUUGCCGGGUGGAGCAAAGCCCUGCUGAGCAGACAUGGCGGCAGCCUUGGCAGGCCCUGCCUGCUUUGCGUCAUGCACAAGCAGGCAGAGUGGAGGGGUAUCGCCAGGAGAGUCGGUGUGCAGUGCACAGACGAGUGCUCUGCGAAGCACUAUGUAUGGCCCAGUGUUUCAUCUUCCACAACCAUUGACGCGUGCACGUGCACGCGCCUCAGCAUGUGGAAGGGCUGCGUCGACAACGAUGGCAGUUGAAACGUCACCCUCAGCCCAGCAGUCGCCUGUAUGGAAUGCGUCAGCCAAGAUUGCAAGCGGACUCGGUGCUCUUGCACUCUCUUUAGCCCUGCAGUUUGCCCCACCACUCUCUGGCCCGGCGGUAGCCACCGAGUACGACGUUCUGAGUGACCCGCCCCCCGCGUCUUAUUAUUAUGAUGAUGCGAAUGUGCUGAACCGAGUGACGAGGGGACAGCUCCAGAAUGAUUUGGCAGAGCUUGAAAAGGAGACAGGUUACAGAGUCAAUGUUGUGACACUCCGCAAGGUGACCUCCAAGGCUGAUGCAUUCGAGUUUUCUGAUGAACUCCUAGAGAAAUGGUACCCCACAGUAGAGGAAGGGACCAACAAGGGUAUCGUGGUGCUUGUCACUACUCAGAAGGAAGGAGCAGUCGCAGGUGGUCCGUCGUUUAUCCAGUCUGUGGGUGACGACAUCCUUGAUAGUGUCUGCACAGUGAAUCUUCCAGUGUUUGCAACAGAGGAAAAGUACAACGAGGCAAUUACUAGCUCAGUAAAGCGGCUGGCCGCCGCCAUCAGGAAACUUCCGGACCCAGGUGCGCCAGCAGUUGCUGACACAAAGAGAGUGUCCAAUUUCAAGUCAAAAGACGAGACAGCUUCGAAGCGAGGGAAGUUCACGACAGCUGUUGGCGGGUUGCUCGUCAUUGCAUUUGUAGUGCCUAUGAUUCAGUUUUAUGCGUAUGUGGCGAAGAAAUAAAAAUUAUUGGCUCUGCAGUCCAGUGCUCCACAGGCCCACGCAAUUGUGCCCCUCCCUCUCGUUAGUUGAAUGGCUGUGCCACUCUGUCCAUUAUUCAGUAUUGUGUACUAUUGUGUAUACGUUGCAUGUCAAUGAGAAUUCUUUGCUCUGCAAGCUGAUGCUUCUUUGCCUACUCCGCUUGCCCCUCUCUCUUCGCAGCUCGAGACCUCGGCUAUGUGCUUUGCUACGUCCUCUGCGGUUGGUGGCUUGUCUCUGUACUGUGCCUAGCGCUUAGGAAGGAAAGUGAUGGUGCCUCAGGGUUGAUGAUGUCCUAGUCUGUUUUCAUCACACUAGUCAGCAACGUCGGCGGUUUCGUUUCUUACAAUUUUGUUUUUGAUCUGGCAUGUCUGUACACUGGUUGGUGGCUGCGUAGACGUCUGUGUUGGGUGUGUGCGACUGGUUACACCGGGUCGCAGGGAAAAACGAGUACCCGUGCUGGUGGGGACAUGAAGUAUUCAUCUUUGGGCUUAACAUUCACCCCAGUCCACUUAGCUGUUUGGUUGAGUGUUGGCCUCCUGAUUGGAAGGUUGUGCUUUCAAUCCUUGUGGUUCACUUAUGGUUGGUCUGUGUUCUCAUUUUUGUUUCUCAAUUUUCCCUUGCUUUUUUUUUUUUUUUUUUUUUUUUUCUUUUGCAAAUUCUGCCGUACUAAUGGUGUGACCAUGCAAGGCAGGAUUUCAUGCCCGUUUCCCUUUCUGAAAGGGGAAGAAAACAAAGGAUCUCAUGCCUUUGGUGUGGAGCUGGAUAUGGUUGCCCUGGUCGGGUUUGUGCGGGGCAUGACUCUUGCUGCCUCCUUGCGUGUGUUCCCUUUGGAUGGGAGUGGCCUCUAUGUGGAGAGAUCAACAUGGGUUGGGCUAUGGGUUGCUCUGGAUUUCGUUGAGGUGCAAAGAAGGGGGGAUUUUUGUUUUCUUUGGGAUCUCCAGUCUAUUGGUGAGUACCUGCCCCUGCUGGAAAACGGGUCCAGCGUCCCCUAAGAUAUAAUGUUGAGAUGAUAACUCCGCAUAUGCAGGGAAUCGA